UGUGCACGAGAGUUAGUUUAUAGUCAAAUAAAUAAAAGUAAUCUUUACUGAUGGCACUCUAUUUGCCCUUAUGUCAAGAUAAUUAUAAUGUCUCGUCCUCACCUUUCGCGUAAAAACUUUACUGAGAAAAUUUUCUCAAACUCUUAUCAGUUGAGUGUGUCAAGUUUUCGCACAAAGUUCUCCCACCUGAAAGAUGAUUUUGACUCAAUGUUUAAUUCAUUUGAAGUUGUGAUUUCCAUCACUAUCAUUCUGCAGGAAAUGUGUUUGAGGGACCACCGAGAGUAGUACCUUAUAAGAUUAUUAAGUGAGAUUUAAAUAUUUGUAAGGGAGCCCAUUGACCUUUCGUGACAGGGAGUCUCGCCAGAGGAAAACUUUCGCCUUGGAAUAAGCAAUGAAGAGGAGAGAUCGAGACUUUUAUGGAUCUACUUCGCCCAUAAGUGACCUCCGAACGGCAUUUGACCUGUUAGAUCGCAAUCAAGAUGGGCACGUCACAGCCAAUGAGCUGCAAUUUAUGCUUCGCAAUUUGGGAAUACAUGUGCGAGAUGAAUUGAUAGAUGACCUUAUGAAGGAAGCUAGUAAAACAGGAAAUGGAUUAAUAGAUGAAGCGGAAUUUCUCCAGUGGAUUGCUCGAAUUCAGGCCAUAAAAGACGAAUCGGCAUCAAGUAGCAGCAGUUCGAGUAGCAACCAGCCAGUUAGUGAAGAGGAUGAUAUCACACAGGAUUUAAUUGCUGCUUUCAGGGUUUUCGAUCGUGAUGGGAAUGGCUACAUCACACGGGAUGAGCUUCAGACUGCAAUGGACAUGAUUGGGGAGAAUGUAACUGAAGCUCAACUAACCGAAAUGCUAGCUCUAGCAGACCUGGACAAAGAUGGCCGCAUUAACUACGAAGAAUUUAUAAGGCUACUCCUGUAGAUAGAAGGAUCACAGAGGAUGGUUUCAGAAGAUCCUGAGGCUUGCAGAGCACAAAAACCAAAGAUCUGAAGGAGAGUCAGAGUUCAAAGGCUGUUUUUAUUGUUAAAAAAAAGUGAAUUCUUUUAGAGAAAUUCGUGAUUUAAGGAUUCUUUAUAUCAAAACAAAAAAAAAACAAAGAAUAUUCUUAAUUUUUAUCAUUAGGACGUUAAGUGACACAAAGAAAUUAAGGGCACUUUAUUUAAAAAAACCCCUUUCUUAUAUCCAACAAAUAAUCCCAGCAAUAAUUUAGAGUCAAACGUUAGUACUUUUAUUUAUUAAUUUUUUUUUCGUGGGGAAAGCUGAAAUGUAGCGUGGGUGGGAUAUGAAAUGUGAGGAAUUUGUGGCCUUUUUCUGCAAGGAUGAAACGCUCCAAGAGAAAUAGUACGCAAGAUUAGUUGACUUUUUACUGCGUUUGAGAGAAUUAUAGUGUUAACAAGUUGAUGGGGGUAAUUAAAAAACAACCCUCACAGCGCAAUGUGUUAAAUAUAUUUUAAAAUAAAAUAAACGUUGCAUAAAAAAGAUAUCAGGUGGUGGCAUAAA